ACUUCCUUCUAACUCGGUCUUUUCGACGUACAACGUGCUGAAGAUAGGAGAGAUGGCUGAUAAGGCUAAGACUGCCCCCAAGGCGAAGGAAGCCGUGAAAAAGCCGGCAGAUGGUAAAACCGCCGUCAAGGAGAAGAAGCCGAAGGUAGCCGGCAAGAAAGUGAAGCUGCUGCCCGUGGUGCCCGAAUCGUGGCUGAAGAUUGGCAAGGGUAAACGCACUCAGCGUCCGAAUGUGGUGGUUGCCCGGCGUAAGAUCCGUGCCGUGCGUCUGCUGCGCCGCAAGCAGAAUCUUCUCCGUGCUGCAAGCUACGAGAAGAAGUAUUUGAAGACAGAGAAGAAUGUCGUCAAUGAAGCUCGCAUCGCUAAGGCGAAGGGCAACAUCUACAUCCCGGCCGAACCUAGGGUUGCGUUCGUCAUGCGUAUCCGUGGUAUCAACAAGGUGGCCCCGAAGGUGCGUAAGGUGCUGCAGCUGUUCCGCCUGCGUCAAAUCAACAACGGCACGUUCAUCAAGCUGAACAAAGCCACCAAGAACAUGCUUCGCAUUGCAGAGCCUUACAUUACCUACGGUUAUCCAUCGCUGAAGUCCGUUCGCCAGCUGAUUUAUAAGCGUGGCUUCGUGAAGCACCGACACAGCCGCAUUCCGAUCACGGACAACUUCGUGAUUGAACGUAAGCUCCGAGGACACCGGCUGCAGUGCGUCGAGGACAUGGUUUAUCAUAUCUACACCGGUGGUGCGUCGUUCAAGAAGGUGAGCAAUUUCCUGUGGCCGUUCAAGCUGAACACGCCGACGGGCGGUUGGCGCAAGAAGAACAACCACUACGUCGAGGGUGGUGAUUUUGGCAACCGCGAAGAUAAGAUCAACGAGCUUAUCCAGCGGAUGGUCUAAAAUAGUGGACCGGCAAAACAGCCGAAGUGAAAAACAAAUUCUCCUUUCGGUCGUCCGUCGUUUUUGUGUCGAUAAGUGGAAUAAAUGAGAAGAGAAAAGACAAAAAAAGGUGCAAAACUAA